GGAUGGCAGCAAAAGCUCACUCAGCUUCAUGUCGCCCAGUUCCCUUGGGACCCCAAGCCUGAUCCCCCUGCACAAGCUCCGCCGGCUACCGUUCCACCAGCUCAGACUCAUGCUCAAGCUCAAUUCUCGCCUCAGCUAAGCAACCCAACUGGUCUUUCUUUACCGGGAAUGGCCCAACCCCAGGUGCAGAAUGGUAUCAAGCCCGAAGGUACCAAUGUCAAGACCGAGCCUCACGUACCUAUCAAGCAAGAACCCGGCUUACAGGGUAAUACGAUGGCCUACCAACAGUACAAUAACAACACCAACAUCAACUUGAAUGACAACAAUGUAGCUGCCAAUCGUGCCGCUCAGCAAUUGCAGGCUCAGUAUGGACAGCGAGCCGCCAGCUCUAUCAACGCCCUUCACCAGCAACAAGGCCACUCUCAGCAGAACCAGCAACAACAGCAACAACAGCAACAACCGGCUCUACCGCAGCCACAUCAGCAGCAACAGCCCGGCCUGACCCAGCAACAACACCACCAGCAGCAGAUAUAUCGUCAGCAAAUGGCCGCCGCAACUGCCCAACAGCAACCGCAACACCCGGCCAACGGUCAGCCCCACAUUCAAAACGGUCAGACUGAUGGCGCUGGCGAUCUGGAAGAAUUUGAUGGUGUACUCAUGCAACGAGCUGCUGAUGGCAAUUUGCAUGAGCUCGGGCGAGUUGAGAUCGACCGUAUGCUGCAUGAGCAAAUCCUUGCCAAGGCCAAGAGCAUGGAGGGCGGCGGUCUGAUGCUUCCUUUGAAAGAGGCAACUCGAACUUCUUCGGUCUCGACAUCACGGAAGGUCAAGGGCAAGCAACCUGCCGCAUAUGACGGAGGUGAUGACGACGACGAAGAUGAUGAAGAUGCCAUCAACUCUGACCUCGAUGACCCAGAAGAGGACCGAGACGACGAUGAUGUUGAUGACGAGGGGCUUGGCAAUAUCAUGCUGUGCAUGUACGACAAGGUUCAGCGGGUCAAGAACAAGUGGAAGUGCACUCUCAAGGAUGGAGUUCUGACAGUCAACGGCAAGGAAUAUGUGUUUCACAAGGCUACUGGUGAAUAUGAGUGGUGA